GGAGUAUUAUUCUGUAACUGCAUCUCUUGUGGGGUAGGUCGCAGAUAUUCGUGACAAACACACACGUCUUACAACAUCAAGCCGAAUCACAUCUAUUCCAAAAAGUGCGCUUUUCCGUAGUUCGUCAUUCUCACAAAGUAGAUUCGCCGGAGUUCACUCGAGAAUCGAUCCCCGGCUGUGGGAGCUUUCCUAGGGAACAAUUCGGGAAGAUAUUUGACCUCGAAGCAGAGUCGGGCGUGAACGUACCUUCGCAGCAUAACUAGCGUCCGCUUCGUCGCGAACGAUGUAAUUAUUCUACGCAGUACCAGAUUUAGCAAACUUAUCACAAGGAACGGAAAUUAUCAACGACCACGGCUGCUACAUUGGAAUUCUGUACAUAUCUUCCGACGCCAUGGCGGAUAAAAUGUAUUAUUGGGGCGAGGAGAGGGAUCAAGUCGAUCCCGACCAGACCUUUAUAGAGUUCAAGGCCAAAUCUGUGGCUACGGACAAGGAACGCGAACCGCCUCGUGCUGUACCAAAAAUGACGGUCUCUUCGCCACAGGGGAAGAUGACUGAGAUAAGCAACAGAGAGGAAAACGCCGAACGCGGUGGUUGGGGUAACAAACUCGACUUCCUGUUUUCCUGCAUAAGCGUUUCCGUCGGACUUGGGAAUGUCUGGCGGUUUCCUUAUCUCUGCUAUAAAAACGGCGGCGGUGCUUUUCUGAUUACUUACGGUAUCGCGAUGGUGUUUUGUGGAAUUCCUAUAUUUUUUCAAGAAGUCGCUAUUGGACAAUAUCUUGGAGCUGGAGGAAUGACAUUAGUGGGACAAUUGUGUCCUAUUUUCCAAGGUGUAGGAUACGCUACUAUGACUAUCGUAUUCUUCCUCGACGUGUACUAUUGCAUUAUUAUUGCUUGGACACUUUUCUACCUCAUAAGCACGUUCGUGAACUUGCCUACAGUUCCUUGGAGUGGAUGUGAAAAUUGGUGGAACACAGAUAGUUGUUUCGAUGGAACUCACGGGAAGAUGAACUGCUCAGUUGCAAAUAAUACCUGUCAUCACACGACUCCGGUUGAAGAAUAUUGGGAUCAACGGGUUCUUGGCAUAACUACCGGUAUCGAGUCUAUCGGCAAGCUUCAGUUUGAGUUGCUGGGUUGUCUGAUCAUCGGCUGGCUCCUCGUUUACUUUAUCAUCCGGCGCGGUAUUCAUCAGAGCGGUAAGAUCAUCUGGUUUUCAGCCUUGUUCCCGUACGUGGUGCUUUUCAUUCUUUUGGUAAGAGCGGUGACGUUGGAGGGUGCCAACAAGGGCUUGCUUUACUACGUGACCCCGCGAUGGGAGGAAUUGCUCACUCCCGGUCCGUGGAUAGACGGCGCAACCCAGAUUUUCUUCGCGUACAGCAUCGGCACCGGCGCUCUGCCCGCCUUGGGAUCGUACAACAAGUUUCACCACAAUUGCUAUAGAGACGCAAUAAUCACUUGCGUAGUCAACACCCUGACGUGUCUUCUGGCCGGUUGCGUUACCUUUUCGAUACUGGGUCACAUCGCCCAGGAACAGCAAACGGAGGUGUCCGAGGUCGUCAAGAGCGGACCUGGUCUUGUGUUCCUUACGUAUCCCGAGGUCGUUCUCAAGCUACCCGGUGCUCCGUUGUGGGCCAUUAUAUUCUUCGUUAUGCUGCUCAUACUCGGCCUCGACAGUGAAUUUUGCAUCGUGGAGUCUUUCAUAACAGGUGUGGUUGAUUACUGGCCGGAUGUACUUCGUCCUCGCAGGAUCAAGUUUACCAUCGCCAUCUGUCUGCUAAUGUUUCUUCUGGGAGUACCGAUGGUCACGGAUGGUGGAAUUUAUAUUUUCCAACUGAUGGACUUCUAUUCCGCGAGCGGAAUGUCCAUUCUGUGGGUGUGCUUCUUCCAGACGAUAGCGAUAUCGUGGAUUUUCGGAGCAAAGAAAUUUUGCGACUGCGUGCAUCAGAUGAUGGGAAUUCGAUUGAAUAGAUUUUGGUACAUAUGCUGGGUGGUGUUAGCGCCGGUAAUCAUGAUGUUUAUCUUUGUAUUUCAAAUCGUUCAAUAUAAACCACUGACGUAUGGCGGUCGCUACCAGUAUCCGUUAUGGGCUGACAUAAUUGGCGUGUGCUUGAGUCUUUCAUCUAUGCUGUGGAUACCCGGAUACGCGCUGUAUUACAUAAUAAGUACACCAGGCUCGAUCACGGAGAAUAUCUCGAAAGGCCUGCAACCGAAUAUAAAGUCGCAUGCGAAAUUACCGAAAGGCGAUAAAUCAGGCGUGAUACCCAUGUCAGAGAGCAACGCAGUCUUAAUUAAAAAUAGCAGUUUCUUGAGUCAAAAUGAGUCAUGAUUAGUGCUAGCAAUCGCUUUUAACUCGUAUUAGGUUACACUUAAUCUUAGACGUAAUAUAUUUAUAGUAAAAUAAAAACAUUAAUGAAUAACAAGAGUCCAAAUUGAUUGGGCAUUUAGUAGUAAUUUGUAUUUAAAUGGACGCGUGUCAAAUUGAUCAGUUUUAUAUACAAUAUGCUCAGUUAGGCAACAAUCAUCACUUGUUAAUUUUUGUACAUUGUAAAUCAUACAGCAUUACAUUUACUUGAUUAAAUAUUUCCGAUGAAAAUGUCGUAUGUUCUCCUUAAUUCUUUAAUGGCUGGGUGACACACACACAUUUCUAAAUUAUGUAUUAAAAAAAAAAAAAACACUACAGUUACUGGUUUUUAAAACAAAAUU